ACACGCUCCAAUCGAUAAUUUUUCUUUGUACACUUCCGACCAUUUUUCACGAUUUGUGCGGGGUUUCUUCUGGAAAAUUUGUUGAAAAUUGCUGAAAACGCAAUUCAGCUUUGUGCAUACCGAAAAAUUUUAUUUCACACGGCGUUUCUAUAUUCGCUGCAAGGUUGAAAAAAUUUCACACUUUGUCUCUGAUAUUGAUAUAAAUAUCGAAUUGCAGGUCAUCUUGAUAGGGGAGAAUUGCUUAUAAUGGCUAAUAAUAAUUACGCUGGAUUCAGUUAUGGUGGUACCCAGUAUACUUCCACCGGUACGGGCUAUAACCCAGGGCAGGUGGCUUAUCCUGCCGUAACCAACGCAACGUACGCAAAUGCUGCAGCUUACCAAACUGCUGCAGCUGCUGGUCAAAGUGGUUAUGCAGCUGCAGGCGCUUCUGGAGCUAGCGGCUAUGCAGGCUACGGCGAUUACAGUCGUUCUAUGCCUGCAUAUGACGCCUCAAAAACGUUUUAUCAACAAGCGCCAGCUAGCUACAACACUGCACCAGCGGCUACGGUUAGUAAGACUCAUUAUUCGGCUCCCCCUGUUAAAAAUGUAAAUGCCGGGGCAAAAGCUGCCGGAGCGAAAGAUAAAGCAGUUAAAGUAGCAGCAGCUCCAGCCGCUACUACUACUGGCGCUGUUAAUGCUUACAGUAAUUAUGAGUCUGCACUGUAUAGUGCCGCUUCAAUGUAUGUUGCUCAACAGCAACAUCAAACCGGCACUGUUAAGCCGAAUACCAAUGGGGCUUCAACCCCUGGCUGGCAGUAUCGCGCCCAGAAAGGUGCUGCAGCUGGCGGUGCAAAUGCAGCUCGCCCACGUACUAAGCCUCCACCGCGUCCGCAGCAGUUACACUACUGCGAAGUAUGCAAAAUUUCAUGUGCAGGCCCACAAACUUAUCGUGAACAUUUGGAAGGCCAAAAGCACAAGAAGAGGGAGGCAUCCUUGAAAAUGCAAGCUUCGGCUCAAUCUGCUGCUCAAAAUCGCGGUAACAACUACCACUGCGAACUGUGUGAUGUAACAUGCACCGGAACAGAUGCUUAUGCUGCUCAUGUACGCGGCGCAAAGCAUCAGAAGGUCGUUAAACUCCACCAAAAACUUGGUAAACCAAUACCACCCGAUGAGCCAAAGAAGUUAUCUAAAAUAAAUUUCGUGCCCGCCAGUGGAACCACUGAGAAAGCAAAACCCACAGAAGGAGAAAAUACAAGCGCUGCAGAUAAUGAUAACCAUGAUGAUGUUGCUGCUGGUGAAGAAAACACUGAUAAUAUUAAACCAGUUGGAGGCGAGUAUAUUGAGGAAAUAAAAGAUGAUGAGGGCAAGAUUUUGAGCUUUAAUUGUAAGCUAUGUGAUUGCAAAUUCAAUGAUCCUAAUGCAAAAGAAAUGCACAUGAAGGGGCGUCGACACCGUUUACAAUACAAACGAAAAGUUCAACCAGACUUAGUUGUCGAUUUUAAACCGACACCACGUCAAAGGCGUCUGGCAGAAGCGCGUGCUCAGCGCGCUCUAAUUCAAUCACAUCGCGGUGGUAAUGUAAGUUUCGGCGAUGAUCAUGAAAGCGGCGGUGGAAUGUAUUGGGAUGAACAGCGUCGUCGGGCACAGUACGAUGACGAGUACGAUUACAGUAAUUGGUUGGCACGCAGCUUUGCAGGUGCUCAGCGUGGCUUUGGCGGUCGCAUGGGUAAUGGUCCACCACCAUUCUUUGGUAUGAUGCCUGGUGGUGGCGGAAAUAUACGCCGUCCUGAGAGUACUGAUGAUCGUCAUGCUAUUGCACGCCAUGCUGAGAUCUAUCCUAAAGAGGAAGAGUUGCAAACUAUUCAACGUAUUGUAUCGCACACUGAACGUGCACUGAAGUUUGUCUCCGACAAAUUUGCUGAAAAUCCAGAUGAAAAGGGACCAGCAAACAAAAAAGAAAAGCAAGAUAGUGCCCAAGUAAAGGAUGGGCGCGAUAAUCAAAUGUUGUCAUUCCAAAAAGAGGCUGACAGUGGCAAUGUACGCAUUCUGAAGGGUGUUAUGCGUGUUGGAUUUUUGGCCAAAGGCCUUUUAUUGCAGGGCGAUAAUUCCGUAGAAUUGGUGGUUUUAUGUUCUGAAAAGCCAACUGUUGGACUACUAAAACGUGUGGCUGCUGAGUUGCCAGCUAAAUUAAAGGAAGUAGCAGGCGAAAAUCCCGUCGAUUAUGUCGUCGAAGUGGUGGCUCAAGAGUCCGCCGUUUUUGUGCGUGAUGAUGUGGUAUCCGUAAAGAUAUCACUUACUUCGCCUCUAUUGCGUGAAGUUGCUCAAGAUGGUAAAACUGAUGCCGCUAAUACUAAAGGCGGUACUGGUGAUGCUGCACCUUUGCCAAGAGAACCGUGUCUCAGGGCUUUAGCCGAGUUGCGUCAUGCUAAGUGGUUCCAAGCACGCGCCACUGGUCUACAAUCGUGCGUAAUGGUCAUUCGUAUUUUACGUGAUCUGUGCCAACGUAUCCAGUCUUGGCAAGCAUUGCCACAAUGGUCUUUAGAAUUGUUAGUAGAGAAAGUGAUCUCAUCGGCCGGUUUCCCAAUUUCACCAGGCGACUGUUUGCGUCGCAUAAUGGAGGCAUUGGCUUCUGGUUUUCUUAUAAACGGACCUGGCCUACUGGAUCCAUGCGAGAAGGAAGCACAAGAUGCUUUGCAGGAUUUGACUAAACAACAGCGUGAAGAUCUAACCGUGUCAGCACAAUUGUUCUUACGUUAUAUUGCAUUCAGGCAAAUUUAUAAAGUUCUUGGCAUGGAUCAAUUGCCUGCUUUGAAGUUUCCCAUACGGCCAUGGCGUCUAAAUCGUAAGCGUCGUCGUUCAGCAGGCAAAGGUGCUGCAGGUGGUGAAGCCGAUGCAGGCGAAGGCGAAGAAAGCUGCCCAGAUGAAAAAGUAUCUAAGAAAGAAGUUGCAGCUUAGUCUGUCGCUAUUGCGGAAAUCGUUUAGUACAGCGUUCUAUAUUUGUAGUCUUAGAUUUGAAAACACUUUCUCUCAUAUUAAAAAAAUAUAUUGUAUUAAUGUUUAAAUAGUGGACAACAGUUGAGUCGGAAACCAGCCUCUCCAUCCACAUAAAAAACUAAAAAGCAACGGGCGGUUGCAAAAUAUGUAUUUUCGGGUCACGAUAUGAAUACUAUAAUUCUGAUCAAAUAAAUAUACCUAAUAAAAAAUAAA